CCAGUGCUCCGAGCACCAGCAGGAGCUGAGGCUCUGCACACAGAACUCAGCCCUGGCUCCCCAGGGGAAGAAGCUAUUUCAGACUUAACUAAGGAAUCAUCUCACAUGUUUCAACAAUCCCUACAGUUUCUCUGUUUGUUUUAAAGAUAUCACUGAGAUUUUGUUUCAUUUGCAACGGGAGACUAAAUGACAGCAAGCAGAAUCUGCUGUUAGGUUAGAUUACAAGGACUCUGUGGGACCCAUAGACCAUGCAGGCACCAUCACUGCUCUGUUAUUUCUUGCUUGUCUCGCUGUGUGCCGAUUUUUGCCCAGCUGAAGGCGGUGCUGGCAGGAGGCAGAGGAGGAGGAGGAUGCACAGGGAGCUGGGGAGGAGCCCCUGGGCAAGGCACAGGAACCCGAGGGCACCCGGGAUGGAGGCCAGGAUCCCCCUCAUUAACAUCGAUGACAGCGUGAUGGGCGUGUUCGACUCCCUGGUGGGGCUGGGGGAACACGAGAGCACCUACAGUGUCUUACCAGGGAAGAAGGGGCAGUGCACAGCUAACGGGAUGAUCAUGUUCGACAAAGCCGUGUGGUCUCCCAAGCCCUGCGUCACCUGUCUCUGCUCCAAGGGAGAGGUGAUCUGUGACACAACCAUGUGUCACCCUCUGAAAUGUCCCCAAACCGUCAUUCCUGCAGGAGAAUGCUGCCCAGUGUGUUCUGAGACUGCCUCCUCGUUGGACUCCAGUGUAAUUUCACUGGAUGACGUCAGUGAAUUGUCUGGUGAUUCCCCAGACCCCAAGGACCUCGACACCACCAGUGUUCUGCCAUCAGCACAAACUCAAAUGGAAAAAGAUCAGCUGCUUCCAACAGAAGUGAUAGAGAUUAGAGACAAGGAGGGUCACAAAAAAGGGGAAAAGAAAAAAAAAAGGAAAGGCAAAAAGAAUCGCCAGAGGCACAAAGGGCGUCGCAGACAGAAGCUGCCUGUCCCCAGAACGGGAGCUGCAAGAGAUGUGCAGUAUGAAAGUGAUGAAGAUGAUGAUGCUUUCAGAAUUCCAUCUCAUUUCCCAAUUCCUGUUCCACCCAUAGAAGCUCCUCCUUUGCCAUCUGGAUGUUCCACCUCGGACACCACAGUGAGCUGCAUUAAUGCCAAACUUACACAAAUACCUCCCAUCUCAGAUCCAGACCUAACAAGUUUAGACCUUACAGGAAAUAGCAUCACUACAAUCUCAGAUGAAGCAUUCAAUGGGAUACCUAAUUUGGAAUGGAUUGAUUUGAGCAAAAAUAACAUUACCUCUCCUGGCAUAGGUCCCAAAGCAUUCAAAAUCCUGAAAAAGCUGAAACGUUUGUAUUUGGAUGGAAAUAUGCUGGUACUUAUUCCCUCUGAAUUGCCAUCAACUUUGGAAGAAAUAAAAAUAAAUGAUAACCAACUUCAUGCCAUUGAUGAAGACGGCUUAAAAGAUUUAAAGAACUUGGUCACUCUGGAAUUAGAAGGAAAUAAACUUAGUGAAGCAAAUGUCAGUCCUUUGGCCUUUUAUCCUUUGAAAAGUCUUUCUUAUUUGCGACUGGGAAGAAAUAAAUUUAGAAUUAUCCCACAAGGUCUACCUGCCACUCUUGAGGAGUUAUAUCUUGAACAUAACCAAAUUGAAGAAGUAUCAGAAAUUUGCUUUAACCAUACCAGAAACAUUAACAUCAUUGGGCUAAAGCAUAACAAAUUAGAAGAGCACAGGAUAGCACCUUUGGCUUGGAUAAACCAAGAGAACUUGGAGUCAAUCGAUCUCUCUUAUAAUAAGUUAUAUCAUGUUCCCUCCUAUCUGCCAAAAUCUUUACUCCAUCUGGUACUUAUAGGAAAUCAGAUUGAAAGAAUUCCAGGCUAUGUGUUUGGCCACAUGAGGCCAGGGCUGGAGUAUCUCUACCUGUCCUUUAACAAACUCACCGACGAUGGCAUCGACCCAGUGUCGUUUUUUGGAGCUUACCACUCCCUGAGGGAGCUCUUUUUGGAUCACAAUGAAUUGAAGGCUGUACCAUUUGGGAUUGAUGAAAUGAGAAAACUACGUUUUCUAAGACUGAACAACAAUAAAAUAAGGACAGUGCCCCCAGAACGCAUCUGCAGGACUCAGACCAACCACGAGGAUGAGCAUGACCACAGUGAGGAGGAGAAUGAAGAUUCCCACUUGGAACAUGUUCACCUUGAAAACAACUACAUCAACACAAGGAAGCUUUCCCCACAUUCAUUUUCAUGCAUAAGAUCCUAUUGCAGUGUUGUUCUUAAACCACAGAAGACCAAAUAAACCCCCCAAUUUUGCAUUUCAACCCCCAUCUCUAGAAAUGCUGCUUUAUUUAUUCUCUCUACUCACUGGUUUGCUUAUUUCUGUUUUAAACUCUUCCCACUUCCAUAAAUAUGAUACUCUAUAUUAUAUACUGAAGUAAGGUACCAGUGUGUGUCUUCAUAUUGUUACAUUAUAAAACCAUUAAAUGUAAAAAUUGAAGCUUAAGAUUAUGACAUCUAUUUUUAUUUCUAUUAACACUAUUCUACUUAAACACAACAGGUCAAACUGUGCCCCCAGGUACACCUUCUAUAAGAUCAGAUUUUAGGAUUUAAGAAUAUAACCAAACCUUCAACUUGGUCCUGUCUUUUUUAACUGAAUUUAAAACAUUUUAAGUGGUACCAUCAAUGGUAAAAAUUGUACAUAAAAGAUAAAAGUCCUUGAAUGAUGAACAUUCUAGCAAAGCAGGAAUCAAAUUUGUUAAAACACACACAGGAGUGGAUUUUCAACCUAACAUUCUGCAGUGUUAAGGUCUUUUCCAAGUGAAUUGUUAAGAAAAAAAAAUUAUUUGUUUUAGAUGACCCUAAAAGCUUCCUGUAUUCAAACACAGAUUCUGAUGACAUAGAGGAAUGAGCAAUUAAUAUCUAUCUGGAUGCUUUUUUUUUUAAACAAAGCAUAUUUUAAUUUUUUAAAAUUAUUUUUAAAGUCACAGUAACAGGUUCCAUUCAUUUGCACCAUAGUUAGUUUGUUAGAUUUU